AUGUACAAUUUUGAGAAAAUAUGUCGUACAUGUUCAUUUGAAGGUGAAUUACAAUCGUUAUUUAUUGAAGAUACUAUAUUAAUUGCAGAUAUGUUAACUGAAAUUAUUGAUUUAAAGGUAAUCCACGGAGAUAAAUACCCACAAAACAUUUGUAUGCAAUGCUUAAAUAAAUUAAAAUCCGCGUACUCAUUUAAAAAACAAUGCCAAGAAAUUCAGAUAAAAUUCGAACAAUAUUUACAAAAAAUGAUUGUUAAAGAAGAAACUCCGUUUACCGAUAACAAAAUGAUAAUAAAAGAUGAAAAUUAUGAAAAUAAUGAUGAAUGGAAUGAUGAUAUUUACGAUUCAUCCUCACCAGCACCAGAAUCUGCUGAAAUACUUGACGAAAAUGCUGAGAAAAAAGUUGAUACAGAUGAAACAAUAAAUCAAGAAGAAAAUGAAAAUCAACCACCAAUUAAGAAGAAAAAAUCGAAAGUUGUACGAAAACGUGAUCAUGUUUGUCCAAUUUGUAAUAAACAUUUUACAUCAACACAUUUAAAAUUUCACAUGCGAUCUCACACAAAAGAAAAACCUUACAAAUGCGAUCAAUGUGGACAACAAUUUUCAUUAAAAGGUAACUAUCAGCGACACAUGAAAAUUCAUACCGGAGAACGUCCUCAUGUGUGUUCGAUCUGUGGACGUGGUUUUAUACAGACUACCACAUUAUACGAACACAUACGUAUCCAUUCAAAUGAAACUCCCUUUACAUGUAACCAUUGUGGGCGUUCCUUUAAACAACAAUCCCAAUUACGCUGCCAUAUUAGUUUAAAACAUUUCGAUGGGACUCCAACAAAAGAAAAACAACAUUCAAGCACGCCAAUCAAACGAUACACAAAAAAACGUCUUCCACCAGCACCUGGUGAAUUUCAAUGUGAUAUAUGCCAGAAAAAAUUCACAUCAAAAGGUGUUUUAGCAACGCAUACGUUAAUCCACGGAGAAAAAUCAUAUUUAUGUAGCCAUUGCGGGAAGGGUUUUGUAUGUAAAUCCGGUUUAAAAUCACAUUUAAAAACUCAUACCGGAGAAAAACCUCAUGAAUGUAAGUUUUGUGGUAAAUCCUUUUCACAAAUUUCUUCGUUAGCUACACAUAAGUUAGUGCACACGGGCGAAAGACCGUAUACAUGUACAAUAUGUAAUCAAAGUUUUAAACAAAAGAAUCAUUUAAAAUAUCAUAGUCGAACUCAUAGUGGUGAAAAACCAUACGAAUGUUCUGUUUGUGGGAAAAGAUUUUCUUUAAAUGGUACAUUAACGGUACAUAUGCGAACGCACACGGGAGAAACACCGUACGUAUGUUCGGUGUGUAAUAAAGGAUUUUAUGAUUCGAGUAGUAUGAAAAAACAUAAGAAAAAACAUUUUAUUGAUCAGGAAAAUGUACAAGAAAAAUCUUUUGAUUUGUCACCAAUAACAUAAAAAUUU